AUGCGGGCUCCAUCGGUUUGGGCGUUGUGGGUGGUCUUAUCCCGGGACACUGGGCCUGCUCGGCUGCUGCUGCUGCUGCUGCUGCUGCUGCUGCUGCUGCUGCUGGUGGUGGUGGUCCGCUCCCCGCUCGGCGAUCUCGCCGACAUGUGCCCUCAGCAGUACGUCUCCAUCCAAUACGGGCCGGCCAAACACCGGCCCAGAACCGGCGGCCGGAGUUCUGGGAGCCGCGGGUAA